UGCGCGCCGCUGCCCUCCCCUGGCGGGGGGCGGCCCCAGGAGGCUCCGAGCGCUGGGUCCGGCGGCUGGGGAGCGAUGUGGGGCGGCUCCCGGGCCCCUCCCCGGGCACGGACCGGCCAGAGACCCCGCCCGGGCCGCGCCCUGGAGCCGCCGGCCGCCUUCUUCUGUCAAUAUUUUUUUUCAAGAGCACUUUAAGAUUCACCCUAGCUGAAAUAGAUGCUCACAGAUUAUUAUUUCUACACAUUCAACAAUAUAAUUUUGAGUAUCUUGUCUUUGUCCUUUUGGUACAACACUUGACGUCUCCUCGCAUUGAGUCUAAUAUUUUUUCCACUAGGAACCAGUGAACCAUACAGGAAAUGUGGAAGUACACAGCUGCGUACGCUCUGCUCUGAGGUCCUGAAGGACUGGUGUACGUACAGUCUGUCCUGUUCUCCCCAAAAUUCAUUGAACUGAGAGUGAAUGAGGCAGAAAAUGUGGCCGGGGCUCAAAUCGUCGUUGUAUUAAGCAGGCUUGCUGAUGUCUCAAUCAGAAAACAAUUACAUCAGUUUGGACAGACCAAUGCUGCUACUCUUCCAAAUUAUUGUUUCCUCUUAAAUUUUUAUUGUUGUAAAGCAAGUGGGAGAUUAUUGGGAUCCAUAUUUCAUAGUGUAAACCUGCCCAGUCUUGGAAAUAAAGUGUCUUGUCCAAGGACAACCUGGAUCUCAAGUUUGGUUGUCUGACAAGAGAAUUGGCUUUCUUGAAAACCUACAAAGGAAACUUAGAUUCUUCAGGCAAAUUUUGGCUGGUAGAGAUUCUGGAUAACAGAUAAAUCGAUUUGACCACCAUGAGUUGGAGUUUCUUGACUCGUCUGUUAGAGGAAAUCCACAAUCAUUCAACAUUUGUUGGCAAAAUCUGGCUGACCGUUUUGAUUGUCUUUCGGAUUGUCCUUACUGCUGUGGGAGGGGAAUCCAUCUAUUAUGAUGAACAAAGCAAGUUUGUGUGCAACACGGAACAACCAGGAUGUGAGAAUGUUUGCUAUGAUGCUUUUGCUCCCCUUUCGCAUGUGAGAUUUUGGGUGUUUCAGAUCAUUCUUGUAGCCACUCCAUCGGUGAUGUAUUUAGGCUAUGCCAUUCAUAAAAUUGCCAGAAUGGUGGAACAUAACGAACCUGACAAAAGAAGCAGGAGCAAAACCUUUUCAAUGCGCUGGAAACAACACCGUGGCUUGGAGGAGACGGAGGAUGACCACGAAGAAGAUCCAAUGAUGUACCCAGAAAUAGAGCUAGAAAGUGAGCGGGAGAACAAGGAGCAGCCAGCCCUCACUAAAGCAAAACACGAUGGCAGGCGGCGAAUUCGAGAGGAUGGGCUCAUGAAAAUCUAUGUGCUGCAGCUGCUGUCUAGGACUAUGUUCGAAGUUGGCUUUCUUGUUGGUCAAUAUUUUUUGUAUGGGUUCGAAGUCAGCCCCACAUUUGUGUGUAGCAGGAAACCAUGCCCACACAAGAUAGAUUGUUUCAUUUCAAGGCCUACUGAAAAGACCAUUUUCCUUUUAAUAAUGUAUGGCGUAAGCUGCCUGUGUUUACUUUUGAAUGUCUGGGAGAUGCUCCAUUUGGGAUUUGGUACAAUCCGAGACACCUUAAACAGUAAAAGAAAAGAGCUGGAAGACUCUGGUACUUAUAACUACCCUUUUACUUGGAAUACUCCGUCUGCUCCUCCUGGCUAUAACAUUGCAGUCAAGCCAGAUCAAAUCCAGUAUACUGAAUUAUCCAAUGCCAAAAUGGCCUACAAGCAAAAUAAGGCGAAUAUCGCUCAGGAACAGCAGUAUGGGAGCAACGAAGAAAACAUUCCGGCCGACCUAGAAAACCUGCAGAGGGAGAUUAAAGUGGCUCAGGAACGUCUGGACCUUGCAAUCCAGGCCUAUAAUAACCAGAACAAUCCCAGCAGUUCCAGAGAGAAGAAAUCCAAAGCAGGCUCAAACAAAAGUAGUGCCAGUAGCAAAUCAGGGGAUGGCAAGACCUCUGUGUGGAUUUAAUGUUCGCUGAACUUGUACUUUUUUUCUUAGUUAAUGAUAACCAGCAAUUCACUGAAUAAUUACUUUCAUUAAGUAAACAUUUGACUCUGUUUAUCUUCAGGGAUACUGUCGACUAGCGAUCCAAGCUCUCAAAAAGUUUAUGCACAUGCCCUAGAGUUACAGAAUUUUAUUCUUGUGUCUUCCAGGUCAGGAGAAGAACAGGUAUAUUUAAAUCAUUCUUGUUGAACGGUUUACACUGUAUGUACAGUAUUAUGGUGCAUUUAUUAUGCACAAUUUUUUGUAUUUGUACGUUGGACCUCUGCAGUUAUACUUUUUAUAUUAAAGAAAAGAAAACAAUACAGAUAGUGCUUAGCAUUUUGCUAGUUCUAUUACUGUGGUCAACAGACUUAUUUUUCUCUUUUUUUGUUUUAAAUGUGAAGCUGUCUGUGCUGCAUUUCAGAAGUGCCUUGUACAUGCGCACAAGACAGAGGAUACUUCAGUUACCUAGGGAGCCUAUUUAGUGUUGACUGCUUAUCAGCAGAGCAGUCAAGGGUUUGGAGAAUAUUUAAUGGUGCCACUGGUUACAUCUUUAUACAGUUAUGUGCAGCUCACAAAAUGGAAGUGUCAUAUACUAACCAGAAGGUGCCAGAAUGUUCCACCCUGUGGUUUAAAUUAUUUAGACAAACAUAUGCAGGUUGGAAGGCAUCAGUUCAAAGCAAGAAUGCCAUACAUAAUUGGGGCAGGCAGGGUUUUGUAAGCUUUAUCCAACAGGGGAAAGAGAAACUUAGAACUACUAUAAAAUGUUCUAAAAAAAAUAUGGGUAGAAAUUACUGUGUAUUCAAUAAUUCCAUGACAUUUAUGUGAAAUCCAUGAUAAGGUAUUUGUUUCGUAAGGUCUUAUUAUAACACAAAAACCAAUGAGGGCAUUAAAUUGUUACAGUAACUUCUGGA